UUUGUAUCAUGUGCAAGCUGUAAACAUCAGUUUUCUGUGGUGUUAUUGCGUAGAGCUUAAGGUUGCAGUUUGACAUUCGAGUUCUUAAACGUUGUCGCUGCAGUUGCGUACAAAAUCAGUGUUGUUGUAACUGUCAAUGGAGAAAUGUUUCACGAAGUGGCUUGCACUUCAAAAGAAGACACUGUUUUUUUGGUCCACUGGCACACACACGUGCAGAUUUUCCCGAUUAUUAAGUUCUUCAGAAGUUUCGACAGCUUUGCGACCAUUUUAUUUUUCUGUGCAUCCUGACCUCUUUGGUCAGUAUCCAACUGAGAGGACUGUGAAUGAAAAUUCUCUCAAACAACUUAAUUCAUACCUCGAACUGCUGCAGCAAAAGCGACCAACAAGGCCAGCAACACUUACUUUUUAUCUGAGGUCUCAGAGUCCUAGUUAUGACAACACUGUAAAAGUUGGCAGUGUCCAUAAACAGAACACAAAUGAUACUACAGCUCCACAUUUCUGUCGACAAGAAGGUUUGUUUCGAACAGUGAAGAUUAAUCUUUCACACAGAGAUUUACGAAAAACUGUCCAUGGUAUUUUAAAGACGUGUAACUUACCAACUGCGUAUGUAGAGAGGAUACCUGAAAAAUCUGAAACCACAAGUCCAAAUGAAUUCAAGUUUGAUGCAGUGAAAUUUGAACAGAACGAUCCCAUGUAUGGAAGCUACAUUCUUAAAAGUAAAAUUAAAAAAGCAAAGGAAACAGAAACAUUAAGGUCCUGGCUGGAGGAAAAUGUAACUGUGGCUCGAGAGAAGCUGGCUGCUAGAAAGCCUGUAAGAACAGAAAUUGUAAGACUACAGGAUACAUUAAGAAAAUCUUUGGGCCUUAAAGCAAUAUUGUGGGACUGUGGCUGGAAUGUGACACACUUUCGUGGUUGCUUACAAAGUUUCCAGGCGUUGGUACGAAACCAUCCAGAAAUUGUUGGCGCUCUACAAGGAAGAACUCUGCUGUUUGGUAAUGACACUGGAGUGAGUCUGGAUGGACAUAUUAUGCUCAACAGUGGAGAAGUUAGGCACAAUUGGCUAGAUCUAAUAAAAAAUUUGCACAAGCAAGAUGAUGCUCUUCUACGAAUCCCUGCAUUUGAAAAGGCUGUAUCAAGGGUUCUUAAGGAUAUCAAAGUUGUAAGAAGGAAAUUUCAGCCAAAAGUGAUGGCAAAGCACUAUGAAAACCAUUUACGUCGUCUUAUGACGUCUCUUGGUGACUACAGAGGAAGAACUGGCUAUCCUAGGCACUGGCCCAACACACUGGAAAACUAUGAAUUAGUUGUAGAAACGGAAGCAGGCCCAUUGAUGCUGUCUCCUACUGGGCAGUUCAUAGUUCCUGCAUCAUGCCCUGGUUUUCUUGUUGUCAAUUUUAUAGACGGAAACAUGGAAAAAGCUGAAGAACUCCUUGUCUGCUACCAACAUGACAAACAUAUUGAACGAGACCUCUGUAAACAGUGUGAAGAGGUAUUUCAAUUGGAAGCCCUACAGAAAGAUGACAACAUAACACCUGAAUUGAUGAUAGAAUGUUGCACUCAGUUGCUGAAGAACGUGGAUGUCCUUGUACCAGUCCUGAAAGGUGUGCACUUGUGGGUUACAAACUAUUAUUCAGUUCUCUCUGGUGGAGAAAUGUGUAUACCCUGGAAUUGGAAACUCUGAUUUUUUUGUUCAUAGAGUUCUUGAUUAAUGAGAGAAAUAUCUUAAAUAUGUGUAGAAUGAAGAAUGAUAAUGUUAUUUGACAAUAUGGCUUUACUUAACUCUGUAGCAAGUAAAUUAUUGUGAACCAUGUAAAUACAAUCUGUAUAGUAUUACAUGAAUGCUCAGAAUGUGAAAGGAAAGAUAAAUUGUUACAGAAUAUGUUUUUGUAUCACGAUGUACCUGAAAAUUAAAAUAGUUGUGUAUGUUGAA